CCCAAACUCUCUUCUAUUCUAUUCUAUGGCCGUCGAAAGUUCAUCGACAACGUCAAGGCCAAAUGACGAUAGAUCCGUCAUCUUUUUCGGCGGUUUCACCCUGGACAGGCAAAGGUCGGAGACUGAGAGGGAUGAUGGAGUCAUCGUAUCACAGAUAGAAUGGUUUUCCAUUGAUGUCCCAGACGCAGACUCACACUGUCAAAAGCAAAAGCAAAAGCUCAAUCCGCUUUCGGUGAUGGAGAUUGAGAAUCAGUGUUACUUUGCAGCAUUAGACUCCUCUAUCUAUUGUAUUAGCAGUCAUCACUUUCGUGAUCGAGUUCAGAUUUUCGACCUCACCGGUGGGGAUAUUAAUGGUUGGCAGCCUGGUCCUCCACCGAUUGUUAGUAGAGUCAACCCACACAAGUUCGUCGUCAACGGAAAGUUGUACAUUUUAGGUGGUGUACGGGAAGUUAAGUCUCCCUGGAUGGAAGUUUUAGAUCCUAAAAUAGGAGUGUGGAAACCGUUACCCAAUCCUCCAGUGGAGGUUGACCAUCAUAGUCGGAGUGUUGUCGCUCUUCUUCUUAAGCCCGAGAAGGCACAGAUUCUUGUCAGUUCAUUCCUUAGUGGCGAUCGUCCUCCUCAAUUUCGUUUCCUUACAUACAACAUCGAUGAUCAGUCUUGGGAACCACUCGAUACUCCCGUGUCCGUCUUCAAGCUACUUCGUGGUUUUGGUUUCAGUCAGACAACUAAUACUGCUUUAGCAGAGGGUGAUACUCUCUAUUGGGUUUCCUUCGAUUAUUUCGCUAGACAUGAAUUGGUUAUACACGCUUACAAUCUGAUUACUGAUGAGUGGUUCGAGGGCUUUCUCAACACUCGCGAUGAAAUCUUUGGGAAGAAAGAAUUACUAACUGAGCAUCGUCCUCACGGUCUUCUCCAUUUAGGCCAUAGUAAAUUCUGUCUUCUCUUGCAGUCCACCUUCAUUCCUAAUACUAAUUGGAGGCUGAGGGAACGUGAUCAGCACAUUGAAAUUCCUUACUUGUAUUGUGUCAUAAUUGUUGUUUCUAAAAUAUCUAACAUGGACCCAGGCAAAGAAGGUUUCAAGGACUUGAAUAUUUCGGUUGUGGCCACCCACAAGUAUCCCAUGGAUCGCAGCAUAGAUAUCUUGGAUGCCCAGUUGCUUAACCUGACUUGCAGGGAUCGCUGCUCUUAUACAUCAAAGCAGAAGAAACCAAAGAAUUCACAAGAUAAUUCUGAUGGUGAGUCUCUUCCUUUUAAGGAACAGAUUCAGCCAGUUGUUCCAACCCAGCAAGGACAGACAUGUGUUCCAUCGGCAUCUCAGCAGUUUCAGCCUAUGGUACAGGGGUCUCCCUCAAAUGUUGCAAUGCCUGCUAAUCUGAGUCAACCAAGGGUCCCUCCUGUAACAAAUCAUGUGUCUGGCCUGCCAAAUGAUAUUAGUGCAGCAUUUGUGACACCAGUACUGCAGACUGGUCAACAACCUUCAGUCAUCCCUUCUACAGAUUCUGCAGUAACUGUUCCUAGCCUUAAUCAACACUCCUCAUCUGAUUGGCAAGAGAUUAGAUAUUAUUACAACAAGAGGACAGGUGAGUCUACCUGGGAUAAGCCACCAGAAUUGAUGGCCCCAAUUGAGAACCUAAUGGUGUCUGUGGAAUUAAUACUCAUUUAUUUCCAUGGAAGAGUAUUUGGUGUGCCAAGGUACCCAAGAAGGUGUCAUUCUUUUUGUGGACAGCUUCGUGGGGUAAGAUUCUCACAAUUGAUAACCUCAACAAGAGGGGUUUACUGCUAGUCAAUUAGUGUUGUAUGUGUAGAUGCAGUAGGUAAACAGUGGAUUAUCAUUUGAUCCAUUGAGAUAUUGCUCAUGCUUUAUGUAGCAAUGUGUUUAUGAUUUUUGGAUUUAUUGGGUGUCCUGGACAAAAUAGCACCCAUUCUUUUGGGUUGGCGAAAUUGGUUUGGAAAAUAUUCCCGAGUGUAAGCAUGCGUGAUGUGAUUAGUUUGGAAGGAGCAUGAUGGUCACAAUUUUGAGGAGGUUAAUAGACCUAUUGAAUUAAAGACUAUCCUGCUUCAUACCUUGUUUUAUUUGUCUAGGACAUGAGGUUUUACUAUUUGUACCUCAAUUUUUAAUUUCUAACUUCCUUCGCAAUUUUCUGAUUCAUUUGCUUGUGUUUUUCCAAGGUUCUCUUUGUUUUUGAUCAUGAACAUAGAGCAGCGUUUUCAUUUUCAAUAACAUUAUUUUAAUUAAAAAAAAAAAACAACAGAGCAUAACAAAGACUUAAAAGGACUAGUCUUAUGAUAGCUAACGGGCUCAAUCUUUAUGAGGAUUUAUGUACUUUUUGCAUGUGUGUGUGUGAGUGUGAGAGUCAGAGAGAUGCUUUUUUCCUCUAUUGACAAAAACUACGAUUGGCUCUCUAACUUGGUACUAAUAUUUUUCUUUUGGAGACCUUUUAAUGGGUAGGUAAGAACAUGACAAUAUUCACAUUGUAGUCAUAUAGGUUUUAAUGCUUAACUUAGUUGUAGACCUAUCUGACUAUGGUUGUAAAUAUGGCAUGAUGAUAAAAACUAUUGAUUUUUGCAAAAUAGAUGGGUGUCCAUGUUUAAAUGGAAAUGUGUAAUUCCUUUUGAAGGCUCCAGAAUUCUCUAUAUCAAGUUCUAAUAAUGAAACUGGCUCCUUGAGAGUAUGUUGCUUGUCUAAGUUAGUGGUUGGUAAGAAUGUUUCCUAAAUGAAAUAUGUCAUUUACUAAUACAGAAUUUUGACAAGAUUAUUACAAAGGUAUCCUCUUAUGUUUCGUUUGUUUUAUCUACAGCUUUGUUAGUUGGUCCAAGUUGUUCUCAAUCAGAAGUUACACUUUUAAUGAUUAUAUUUUGUAACUAUUAAUGUUUGUAUUUUUUGCCAUAGAAAUUGCACAAAUGAAGAUUAGAUGAGAUUGAGGUAGAUGUUAUGAAUUUAGACAUCAACAAGGAAUCUAUGGGUGGUACUCUUGCACUCUGUUUUGGUUUCUCCAACUUGAUCAUAUGUGAUGCUUAGCAUUUGACGAGUUUUAUGGAACUUAUAUUUUAGUUGAACUUUGUUAGGUUGAAUCAUGAAACUUCAUUUGGGAUGUCAUAUUUAUAAAGGACUUUCUAGAUUGUAUAUUAUAAGCACUUUCAUGUAAUUAUGAACUUUUGGAUUGUAUGCUUUAAGUUGAACUUCGUAUUUUUCAAUUUUUAUGGUAGUUAAACGCGAGCUGAGCCAUGCUAUGUGUUUAUUAUUGUCA